AUGGCAUGCAACGGGGGCAUAGACAGUGUGGCAUAUGGAGGUUUGGAUGGGCACAAUGACAAUAAUGCUGUUAUUGAUCACAUUUGUUCCAUUAACCUCAUUUUGGAAAUCCAGAAAUUAGUGACUGGGGAUUUGUACAGAGCAGAAGCGGCGACUGGAGCAUUCUCGGCCCGCAGCUGUCAGACUGGCGGGGGCGGGCCGCCCUGCUCUCCGGUGUAUCGACCGCCCCCAGAUCGGAAGCGCGCGCUCCGCGUGGCUCCGUGCUCGGACCCGGCCUCAGUUAGGAAGUUUGGAGAGACGAGGGCGGCGACCUUGAGCCGCUGCCCCGGCCUGCGGCUGUUGCUGGGGGCGGGACCCACCCCCGGAGGCAGCUGGCGUCGGCCCGGCCGCUCGUAUCGACCCGACGCGCCGGCGAGUCCUGGGGGCGGCGGACAGGCGGGCCGGCCUUCACGCCGCUACGCAACGCCGCGCCGGGCUGCAGCCUUCAGUGUCAACAAACACGGAGGUCGGAAAGCGGCGAGGUACCAACAGACACAGGAGGGAGGCAACCGCAUCAGACGAAGGCGGGGAAAGGUCGGUGUCCGGAGGUGGACGGUGACUGCACAUGGGGGCGGGGAGGACGUCGCGUCGUCAGGUGUCGGAGGACAGUGCACCGUCGGCAGCAGGCUCGCCGUCUUGUGCAGCCAUCCGACGGAUGCACUCUUUGGAAGCGCCGGCUCCGCUGAACUGACAUUUGGCGGUGACAUUUCCGAAGCGGAGCGUCGCGCGCUGGCCGCGAAUAGCCACUGCGGCCGAUGUAUAUCGGAGCGGCCGGCCGGGGACUUGAACCGCGGCCCCGCGCCGCGCUAUUCCGGGAGUCUAGAGCGUGCGCCGCUGGCCGGCUGCCCGGCGCGGGGUGUGAACUCGGGCUAUUCGCGCGCGCGCCGCGCCCGGAAUAGCAGCGGCCGGCCGCUGUUCCCGGCGCCGGCGGCUCUUCCUGUUUGGCGGCCGGCGCUGCCCAGGGAGGGGCCCAAGGGCGGCCGUCGGAGACCGCUGGCCGUGCAGUGCAGCAGCACAGAGACGGCGCCGCCCCCGCCCCCGCCCCCGCCGCCCCCGCGCUGCCUGUCGGCAGCGGCCCUGGAGCAGGCCGAGGUGGCGCUGCAGGCGCAGCGGCGGCAGCUGGCCGACCUGGAGGCGGUGCGCGCCCUCUCGCCCCCGCGGGCGCCGCUCCCGCCCCCGGCGCCUCCGACGCCGCCCCCCGAGGCGGAGGGCGCGGCUCGGCGUCUGGAAGACGCCAGGCGGCAGCUGGAGGCCGUGCGUGGCGCGAUGGAGGCGGCGCCGGUGGUCAGCUGCCGCAGCGUCGCCACCGACACUUCCUCCGAGACGCCGCCCCCGCCGCCGCCCCCGCUGCGGCCCUCUAAGCGCGUCCAGGCGUCGCCGCCGCGGCGCGGGAAGGCGCUGCCGCCCACGACCAGAAAACCCCAGAAGUCUGAGAAAAAUGAAACGUCCAGUGUGAAGAAAACAUCGUCGUCACAAACAGAUGUACUGGCGCGUCCCGGAACCAGUGGAGGACAGCCGGCGCCGCGGUUGCGCGUCGAGGAGGCGCUGCUGAGGGCGGCCGAGCAGGUGUCCGCGUCUCGUGCCAGUGUGGGCACCCUCAGGGCCCUGCUCAUGCCCCGCCACCACCAGCACCAGGCCAGGCCGCAGCACCGGCCACACUGCAAAUACUACCAGGGUGAGCCACCGGCCAAUGCCGCCAUCUUUGACGUGAGGAGCCAGAAGGACGAGGAGCAGGCAGAGGUGCGCCACUCUAGGCUCCAGCUCCAGAGGCUGCCUGCACUCACCAUCCGCAGGCAGCUCCAGGUGCAGUGGGGCCCCACGGUGUCACUGCCACAGCCGGGAGAGCCUCCGCCACCGGGCCCGCCCCCCGGACACAACGUGCGCCUCGUCGAGGUGCGACACGGUGACGCGCAGUCCGCCGCCGCCGCAUCUGCCCGCACCGCAGCCACUGCCCCCACCCUCCGGCAGACCUCUCCGGUGCCGAAGCAGGCAGAGGCUCGCAGCUCCCGACAGCUGCCAUCUCCGACACCACCACUCAAGCCAGUGGACAUGUCACCCCUGCGAGAACUGCCCCCAGAGCAGUCCCCGGUACAAGUGUUACCUCAGCCACCACCUCCAGUACCGCGCCCACCACCCCCACGAUCGCCAUCCCCGUCACGGAGGGGCAGCCCACCCCGGCAAUGGACAUCUGCUGCAAAGCCGACCUCCCGGGGCAGACCUGGCCGGCACGCUGCUUCCGAGACACUGAGAGGUCACCCGCUGGCCGUAACACUUGCUUCAGUGCGACGUCCAGCCCUCGGCGGUUCCCGAGGGGCAGCCAGGUCACGGGUUGCAGCCAAAUCUGACACCAGUGGUCGAAUUCGGGUCACCGGUCGAUCUCUGAGAGGCCGUCCAACCGCACGCCGUGGAUCUCCAACCCGCAAAUCGCCACCCAGAGGUGGUGUCGGCGCCCCCACAGCUCGCAGAUCUGUUCCCGGCACAUCUGCACCACACCCGGGUUGCGAUGCUAUUCCAGCUGCCUCUCCAGCAACACGCCGAGCUCCUGCCAGGGUAGACAUUACAGUAACAUCACUGCCUUCCUCGGUGCCAGGGGGUCUGACCCACAGUAAACCGCCAGACGCGCUGUUCCGAGAACUGUCAGCUGCAGCGGAAGCACGUCGUAUCACCAGUAUACCUUCUGCAGGGGCUGACAAUUCUGCAGACGAACCACUGGGUGCAGAGCACGAAGCGAGCCCCUUUGCAGAUGCGUCCGGGACAGACAGGGAGAGACUGGGUCUAACGGACAAACUGGACGCAGAAGUACAUGCCGACACAGACACAGACUUGUGGGCCGUCGCUCAGCGGAUCCGCAGGCAGCAGGAGGUGACCGACAUAGAGCACAGGGUGCUGGACCUUAUUGGUGCCAGGGUGGUAGCAGGACUCUUAAACAAGGACAGAAAGCUGGAGACAGAGAGGUGGAGAAAACGUUGUGGGCAACAGUCUUCCCUGCCAAAUGAAGUGGAUGAAGUUGGCGAGCACAGGGUGCUCGGUGAAGGCAUAAGCUUGGAAGAGACAGAAAUUCGGACACCCGUCAACUAUGAUGAUUACUUGGAUCAGGAACCAGCAGAUAAUGAGGUGACGGACAAUGGAGGUGAGGAUGGAGGCAGUGUUGAUGAUGGCUCACUCGACUAUGAAGAUGACUUUGAAGAUGAGGAGGGAGAAGCAAAUCACCAAGAAACUCCUCCUGUGCUUCGAAAUGCAGCAGAAAAGGAACCAGAAGAGCAGAAAUCCACUUCUAUCCCAGAGAUCCAGGUGGAUGGCGAGCUGUUGAAGGAUGACAAGCUGAGACAAGGAGCUCCUGAGGUGGAAUUGACCAGCCACCACACGCCACCUAGCCCGGAGUCUGCCACUCACUCGCCCUCCCGCAUACCACCGUCACCCACGCGCACACCGCUCUCACCCGAGCGGUUCGGCACAGUGAGGAUCCGCAGCAGGCGCACGGGCGGAGUGACCGCUGUCAACCUCCCCCUCCACCUCCCAAUCCCUACUCCCGUGUCAUCUCCAGAGCGCAGCCCGCCCCAGCCUGCCCACCGUGUCUUCACGCCUGAGAGGUCCCCGUCACCUCGGAGCGGAGGGUACGGCGCCAGCGAGAGAGUUGCCACACCGCCGCCCAGUCCGGAGCAUGUGAGGGAGCGUGUCACAAUGUACAAGUGGCGAUCACGGAUCGAGGCACCGACAGCACCGGCGCUCACACCCCCGGAGUCCCCACCCCCUGGGCCACGCAGUGCUUUCAGCUUCACUCCGGAGGGCCCCUCCUCACGCUCCAGCCCUCCCCUGCCAAAUUCUACCAGUGCCAGAGAGGCUGCGAGUGACACUCGUACAGAACCGCUCCGUGUGGAUGCCUGGCAGCAGGCUUCAGAAGAAGCACGUGCCGCGGACGAGGCUCAGAUUGCGCAGGGCGGCCUCAGCCGUGCAGUGGUGUCGUACCUCACGUCUUCGAGCAGCCUGACCUACAGCUCCUCCCUCAGUUCCAAUCUGCAGGUGCAGAGCCAGGACUCACUGUCGUGGGGAGAAGUGCGGCCGCACUGUGAUGCCCCCUCCUCUGCUGACACGCAGCUGAGUCAGGGGGAGGUGCUGCCAGGAGCCGUGCGGGAGCUGCCGUGGUUGUGCAGCAGCCUCAGUGAGGGAGAGGUGGCUGGCCAGCACCGCUGUAGCAGGGUCCCCUCCAGCAGCCGACAGGCAAAGGCUGUGCCAGACAGAUUUGUAGCAACUUCAGCUGCUACUGUUGACGGGAAAGAAAAUGGAGGGACUCUGAAGGACCUGAGUGAAGGGGAAGUUAGUGAGGGCCUGGUUCCUGCAGUCCUCCCGUACAGUAUGCCUGAUGACACAGACAGCACAAGUGUGAGCGACACGUCAUGACAGAGGCAGCUUCUGUUUCCCUUCACAUUCUCAGUGAUUUACUCCAAUGUCAUUGCCUGUACCAUAGCACCUGUUGUUCCUAAUUCAGUACUGAAAAUGGCGACAGCUGAAAAUAUAUACAAUACAAUGGUACAGAGCUUACUGUUUUGUUACAGUCGAGGAAAACUAGUGGUUUUUAUUUUAUUUAAUUUUUUACAUAAUUUAAUGAUGACCAAACUGAGAAAUGGAGACUGCACAUUAUUCUCAAGAGUGUCUGCUGGAAGAUGACAUAAGAAACUGAAUAUGCUACAUACGUUGAAUACAUAGUUGUCAUGGUGAAAGAAAUUGUAACCUAAUUUGAGUCCUCUUUUGUGCAACAGCAACUGUGGUAAUACAAUACAUCAAAAUAAUGUUGACAGCAUAUCAGGGUUUUAACAUAGUUCAGAUAACAUACAUGAGAACACAAUAACAGCCAGAGAUAAGGACCCAGCAACUGAAAGAAUAAACAUCAUACUAUGAAAACUCAUUAAUUACUGCUAGUUAAGGAGAUGACUCCCAAAUGAAAGAAGAAAAAUGAAUGAGUAAUGACUCAAACUCUUUACAUACUACAAUCAGUUUUGUUUGAUAUGACAUCUGCUAAGGAAAUCUGAUUGCAAUCAAUUAAUAAUAAAAAGUGAAACAUCCUGCCAUUCAGCAGCUGAUGUGGAUACCUUUCAGUUGCAGCUGCCCUGUCAUUUACAAUCUGUAAUAUUUGGUGUUGCCAAAUUUUUUAAAAUCUGUUUUUGUGUUAAGCAAUAUGCACAUUAAAUCAAUGUGCAAUAAAACAUGAAUAUCAUAUUUUCUGUAUUGCCCACUUUCACAAAAUAUUCUACAUUGCACACUUUUAAUACACAUUUGAACAUUUGUGUUCUCCUUAAACGUUUGUUUCAUCAACACCUUUUCAUUCCCCUCAACAAAUUUGUGAAAUAAGAACUUACACCUAACCUGUAGUUAAGUAAGCAAAUUUUUGUAGUUUCAUUUUUUUAACUGUUUACUAAGAUUAUGGUGAACUGAUGGUUUGGCCUUAGAAUUUAAUUUAACUUAGUACGAUAAGAAUACUAAAAUAUUAGAAAAUAUAAGAAGGAACUUUCAUAAAAACCAAUGGUGAAAUAUCAAACAUACCUUUUUUGUUAAUGGUAACAAAUAAUUUAUUGUAGUGGAUUUUUUUGGUCCUGAUUUUUGUAAAUCAAUAAAAAACAUAAGGCAAAGUACAAUAAAAUGAGUUACCUGUGAUAGGAUAACUAUGGCAUCAAA